AUGAUGUUUGCAGCAUUGUUGAUGUUAAUGUUUAUGAUCAAUGAUACAAAUGGAGAGUUGGUAGUAUUAAGAAGAUAUAGUUUACCAGAGGUUGGUGUAGCCAAUAUGACAGGUCAAACAGAAUGUCAAGUAGAAUAUUAUGUAUCAUUGUAUAGUUCAUUGUCACGAGGUAUAAAUGCUCUAUCGGUUGAAUAUCUUAGUAAUCGUACAAUUGCACCAUCGUAUCCAAUAUUGGCAUCUAUGAUCAUGUCACAACCAUCAAACACAAGUGUCCAACUCUUUAGGUUUCGCGUAACCUAUCCACUUGGUACAACCAAUGGUCUCUAUAUCAAUGCUUCAACUGAUUUGGAAACUACUGAAAUCAUAUUACCAAAGUUAUAUUGUUAUAAAAUACCAUCAACAUUAACUAUGAAAUCAUCAAAUAUUACAAGAUAUGUUGAAGAUGCUACAUGGGUGGUUGAAGUAUUGAUCGAUCAAGAUUUGGAUAUAUCUGGUGCAACUAUUACAUGUUCUACUUUGGAUGUAAAUAGUUUACAGUGUACUCCAGUAUUGCCAUACCCACAAUCUCCGAGUACCGAUCCUAUAAGACUAAGAGUGUCACUCAAUCCCAAUAUGGAUGGAGUACAAUAUGCACCCAACUAUAGCCCACUCUUGUCCUUUAGUGUUGUCAGUACACAAGCCGGUAGCUCGAAUACCUAUGUAUUGGGUGUCUACGGACAACUAUAUACAAAUCCUCCACCAAGUAAAUUAGUGACUCUCUCGGUCUUGAAUAUGUAUCCACAAAUAACCCCAACCGUCAAUGUUUGGGAACAAUAUAGUUCUGCCAUUCAAAUUGCAGUACCUUACGUCGGCAACACCAAUAAUAAUCAAGAAAAUUAUAAUUUAAAUAAUUUAGAGUACUUUGUAAACAACAAGUUUCUUAGUGUUCAAAUGUUACAAAAGGUGUAUAGUAACGACAAGUAUCUAACAUUUUACAGACCAUAUGUUACACCUGCCAAUCAAAACGUACAAAAUCUUUUGUAUCAAGUCACUGAUACCAAUUCAUAUUCCUUCUUUAGACAGGGUGGACAAACGAUUACUCCAAAUGUCAAUGUACAAGGAACCUAUUUAUCAGCACCAUUAGCAUCUUCAGGAAUAACACCAGAGUUUUAUUUUAUGGUACAAAUGUCAGUUGUAAUGUUGAAUGGAACAUUUUUAGAUAGCAAUUUGGCAGUAACAGCUGGUACCUACUCGAUAGAUAUACCAGCACCAUUUGGAAUAACCACAAAUAAUCAAACAGUGCUUUUUAAAAACUCAUUUAUCUAUCCAACUGGAAUCACCAAUACAUUUGUUACAUGUGCCUACAAAGCUUCAGUAGCAUCUAAAUCUUUUGCCGCUAUAUCUCCCCCUCCAGCAUCUUCUCCAGUUAUUUUAAAUGUUAGAUUUUUAUCAUUUACAGGAUACAGUUGUUUAGUUCAAGUUGAUUUUGAAACCAAUUCAGCAACUGGAUUACAAAUAAUUAGAGUAUUUGAUUAUGUGACAAUGGGAGUUGAAUCGAUUGUAAGAGGAAACUUAACCUCUGGAACUGCAGUUACUGAAAUUAAUUAUAAUCCAACUAGAUUAAAAACAACAACUGGUGGUAAUAAUGGUGUUGUAGUGGUUGAUACAAGUGGAGCAUCAACUAUUGUCAACCCUGGACAAUUCCUAAAUGCAAUAGAUGAUGCAGUUCCAAGUAACUUGGGAAUCCUUCAACUUGUACUACGUCCAUCUGAUUUUACAAGUAUAGAAUUCCUACCAAACAAUAUUGAUACUAGUUAUGGUCCAACCUCAGUAUCAAUGUUGUUUAAUCUAACCCAACGUUACAAUACACCAGACGUUAUUUAUAAUAUCUCUAUCUAUUUGAAUCAACCAAGUAAUGCUGCUGUCAGUUUACCACUCUUGCCCAACGGUAUCAUCAGUGUCCUAUCCUACUUUGAUUACCGUCUCUGGUGUAAUCGUGUUGAUUUCACGUUACCCCAAAACUUGGGAAAUGACACAUUGUACUAUUUCAUCAAUCAACAAAGUUAUUCUCAAACUUUAUUCAAAGUACUUGGUCAAUCAUCUCAAUUAAAGGUUAAAUCAAAUUAUUUGGAUAAAUUCCCACCAAUGGUAUUAGGAUUUAAUUUAUAUACAAAUCAAACAGGAUUUGUUAAUUCAAUAAUUACAGUACAAACAAAUGAAUUGGUAGAAUUGGGAAUUGAAAUUAACAUUUCAGAUUUAAUUGUAUCGGAUGAUAAUGUUCGUCGUGGUAAUGGGUUGGAUUAUGGUAUGAUUAGUAUUGGCUCUGAUAUUGAUCCAAUCCCAAGAAUAUUUAGAUUGGAUCAAUCAACAUUGAUUAGAGGUGAUAUGUUGGAGGGUACACAUCGAAUUAAAUUCACAGUCAAUGGGUCACUAUGUGUUUCACAAACAUUUGCAAUCACCAAACUUUAUUUGGUCGAUCGUAGUGGAUGGUCGUCAAGCUAUCCCUCCUCCUCAAAGUCAAAUACAUUGAUUGACCCAUUUAUCCGUAUGAGUGGUAUCAUUUCCUAUUCAUUCGUCCAGUUAGCGUGUCCCGACCAACAGGAUGUCGUCCCACCAACCUUGACCGGUGUGACAGUCUCUCCGGCCACCAUCAAUCCUUUCUCAAAGGACCGAGAUAUUAGCAUUAUCGUCAAUGUCGCUGAUGUCGGCGGUCCAAAGUUUAGUCUGUUGCCAACAGCCACUGACCAUCAACCCAAAGUCUAUCUAUUCAACGAUCGUGGGAAAUAUGUGGUUUUGUCACCAACCACCAACGCACUAUUCCCAUUGGGACAUGGUGCAGGUACCUAUACCUACAACACAACGCUUCCAUAUGGGUUUGGUGGGUACAGUAACCUGUCCAUCUCGAUUCACAAUGUAUUUGACAAUAGUUUGAAUGUGGCCAGUUGGUCAAGCGCCGAUUUAAAAUCAUUGGGGUACCCUUUUUACAUUCGUACUGCUGGCUAUCCACUUGACCAACAGCAAUGGUUAGAGUUACGGUAUCCCGUUGCACCACUCGCUCGAGAUGGUGGCUCGUUGAUGAUUGUCACAUCGGGACCAUCUUUGCGGGAUGGAGCUGAUCUCGUCGUUAAAGUGGACGGGCUUGGACUGUUUAACAUUAUGUAUACCAACCCAUCUCUAUUUGCCAUUCAAGUAAAUGUAAAGGUUCCAUUGACAAUGACUAGUGUCCAAGUAUCACUCGUAUCAAAGUCUGAUACUUCUAUUGUACGGUCGACAGUUUUGACCGUUCCUGUCAAAGAUUACGUCGCACCGUAUACUCCACCAGCGGUCAUCCCAUGUCCCUCGAGUGGGUGUGGUGGGCCUUCCAACGGGUACUGCGGUGAUAAUGGAUGUGACGAACCAACUGUGAUCAUCGGUACCAACAAUACCGACAACCUCAUCUACAGUAUCAUGUCGGUCUAUUCAAUACGUGAGAUUGACACGUUGACUGGUACCUACCAAGAAUACCCACUUUUGAAAUGGACGUUUACCAAUAAUACAAAUGGCAACUUGACCAACUCUGGCCUGGACUCGCUCAACUACCAGUACACGAGCAAUGUGUCUGUGCCAACCGACCAGACCAAUACGACCUUUGUCAACACGACCGUCACAGUAACCGUCCAAUGGUUCAAGAAUGCACAAGACAUUGUAUUUGGUAACCAGUUGGUAUCCCUCCCUCCAUCAUCGACCAAGAUUAAUAUCGGGUUGAGUGCAUACCCGUUCCAAUCCAUCACCAAUACUCUUCAAGUUAUACUAGACCUUUCCAUCAAUAUUGAGGGUAGCGAUAGUGACGCUGCUUGCAAGGGUACUGAGCUAGGUCUUGGUAACGGCGACGAUCAAAACGAUCUUCAAUGGAUUAAAUUAAAGGCUGGCGAGUCUGCAGUCUAUGCAAGAUUCAUUCGUAGUGGUAUCAUUGACGGCAGACAAUCGGUCAUUCGAAACUCUGUCGUUGAACAGUCACAGUCAUCUGGUACACGUCAAUUCAUUGGUAUCAACGUUCCCUACUAUACAAGCGACGCACAACUUGAUCCCGAUCUAUCGAUGCUAAUCGAUCACGACGGUGACGACUAUGGCUGCGACAACAAACCAACUCUCUCCAAACCACAAAUAGCCGGUAUCAUUGUAGGUGGUAUCGUUCUCAUCCUUGCAUGUUCAAUACUACUAGGUUGGUACAUUAGAAAGAAAUAUUUAAUUAGAAUUAGUGGUGGUAAAAUAGAAAUGGUUACUCUUGGUAAAUCAUUAAAUUAA